AACUACAGCAGCUGCCGGACAGCACUGGACAGGCGAGUGCUCCGACCACCUCGCCCACCAGCCAGAGGGAGCCAGGCCCGCCAACAGCUCUGGCUCCUCCUGCCCAGCACCAUGACCUUCACUGAACUGGUGGACCGUGUGGGCAGCAAUGGCCCCUUCCAGAUCCUCAACAUGGUCCUGCUGGGCCUCCCGAUCCUCGGGAUGGCCAACCACAACCUGCUGCAGAUCUUCACGGCCGUCACCCCCACCCACCACUGCCGCCCGCCCCCCAACGCCUCUGCGGGGCCCUGGGUGCUCCCCACCAGCCCGAACGGGAAGCCUGAGCCGUGCCUCCGCUUCGUCUACCCACCCAACGCCAGCCUGUCCAACAGCACCCAAGUGGCCACCGAACGCUGUCUGGACGGCUGGGUCUACAACAUCAGCGCCAGCCACUCCAUUGUGACCGAGUGGGACUUGGUCUGCAGCUCCAACAAACUGAAAGAGAUGGCCCAGUCUAUCUUCAUGGCAGGCAUACUUGUUGGGGGGCUCGUGCUGGGAGACCUGUCUGACCGGUUUGGCCGCAAGCCCGUCCUGACGUUUAGCUACCUGCUGCUGGCGGCCAGUGGUUCAGGCGCCGCCUUCAGCCCCACCUUGCCCGUCUACAUGGUCUUCCGCUUCCUGUGCGGCUGUGGCAUCUCAGGCAUUACCCAGAGCACCGUGAUCCUGAAUGUCGAGUGGGUGUCCACCAAGAUGCGAGCCAUCAUGUCCACAGCCAUCGGCUACUUCUACACCAUAGGCCAGUUCAUCCUGCCAGGCCUGGCCUACGCCAUUCCACAGUGGCGCUGGCUACAGCUGACUGUGUCCACUCCAUUCUUCGCCUUCUUCCUGUUGUCCUGGUGGAUACCAGAGUCUGUGCGCUGGAUGGUCCUGUCUGGAAAGUCUAUGAAGGCCCUGAAGAUUCUCCGGUGGGUAGCUACCUUCAAUGGCAAGAAGGAGGAGGGAGAAAAGCUCAGCCUGGAGGAGCUCAAAUUCAACCUUCAGAAGGAGAUCUCCUUAUCCAAGGCCAAGUACAGCAUAGCUGACCUGUUCCGGACACCCAUCCUGCGCCGCGUGACCUUCUGUCUUUCCCUGGCCUGGUUUUCCACCGGUUUUGCCUACUACAGUUUGGCUAUGGGUGUGGCAGAAUUUGGCGUUAACCUCUACCUCCUCCAGCUCAUCUUUGGAGGGGUGGACAUCCCAGCAAAGUUCAUCACCAUCCUCUCGAUGAGCCACCUGGGCCGCCACAUCACCCAGGGAACUGCCCUGCUUCUGGCAGGAGGCUCCAUCCUGGCUCUCAUCUUUGUGCCUGCGGAUUUGCAGACCCUCAGAACAGUACUGGCUGUGUUUGGGAAGGGGUGCCUGUCCAGCUCCUUCAGCUGCCUCUUCCUCUACACAAGUGAGCUAUAUCCCACCGUCAUCAGGCAAACAGGUCUGGGUAUAAGCAACCUGUGGACCCGUGUGGGAAGCAUGACGGCUCCACUGGUCAAAAUCACUGGGGAGCUGCAGCCCUUCAUCCCCAACAUCAUCUUCGGGACCAUCGCCCUUCUGGGGGGUGGUGCUGCCCUCUUCCUUCCUGAGACCCUCAAUCUGCCUUUGCCAGAGACCAUCGAAGAUGUAGAAAACAGGCCCCUGUGGGCAAAGAAACCCAAGCAAGAUUCCGAAGCAGAAAAGGCAACCCAGAGGAUCGCUCUACAGCCUUGUGGACCUGGCCCGAGCCCCCGCUGAGGGCAACAGGGCCCCUUUUCCCCCACCAUCCAGAGACUAAUUUCAGCCAGGUCCCUGCUUGCCUCUGGACUCCACAGGCACUUUGGGAGGAUCUGGGUGGGUCCGUGCUCCAGAAGACUCGGAAAAUCUUCUGCGAACUUAGUGAAGGCAUCUCUACCAGCAGCUGAGCCCCCUACCCAGACCUGGACUUCAAACCUCACAGCCACAAGCCUUGCCAUAUCCGAUUCCCCCCUUGCUCUCCAAGUCCCUCCGUUCCUCUGCCCAGCUCUUCCCUGUUGACCACCUUCCCCGUUGGCCCGGCCCCUUCCCCUGAUGCUCCCCAGGCACCGGGGUUCAAUCCUAACAAGACAACUUCCCCUUCUUGUCCCACACUUACCUUCAAUGGGAGGUUUCAAUAAACAGCUGU